AUGGCAGAAAAAUUCAACCCCGCCUUAAUGAUCAUUGACAUGCAAGAGGAUUUCCUUCCUCCUUCGGGAUCCUUAGCCAUUGACCAAGGAAGAGAUAUUAUCCCAGCAGUUUUGAGACUACUUGAUUUGUCCAAGUACAAAUGGAAGGCCGUUAUUGCCACUAAAGAUUGGCAUCCCGAGGGCCAUAUCUCAUUUGCUUCUGCAAAUGGCCAACAACCAUACACAACCAAGACAUUUGACAACCCCGUGAAGGGACCCAGUGAAAAAAGGCUAGAAACUUUGUGGCCAGAUCAUGCAGUUCAGGGCAGCUUUGGGGCAGCCUUUCCCGAGGAGAUUGCCAUUGAAUUCAACAAGUUGGUGAAAGAACAGCCUGUUCCUACAACGUUGGUCAAGAAAGGUUACUUAAAGGACAGAGAAUACUACUCCUGUUUCAUGGAUGUGUGGAAGUUGCAUCAUACAGAAUGCGAGAAGUUCCUAAGAGACAAUGAUAUUACAGAUGUGUUUCUUGUGGGAUUGGCAUAUGACUUCUGCGUCCUUAACUCGGCUAUCGAUGCCGAGGAUCUCGGUUUUCACACUUUUGUCAUCAAGGACAUUUCCAAAUCGGUGGCUCCCGAGAAUAAAAUCGAAACAGAAAAAAUCUACAAACAGCAUCACAUCAAUGUGAUCACCUCCGAUUCUCCUCAACUCAAAAGAGUUGAGGCCUCUACCUAA